GUUUUGCCUAGCACGCCCUGCCUGUAAAUUCUCUUUCUGCUCUGUUCCUGCCUGUGCUGCUGCUGGCCCCCCGCCUCCCGUUGUGCGCCUCAGCCGUUUCGGGCUCAGCCUUCAGUCUUGAAGGCCCUGUCGCAGUGCGGCCCUGCUCAGUCUUGGGGCGCCCCCUUUGCAGAGCCGCCAAGCAGGUGACAUCGGACAUACGAGAAUUCAGCAUAAAUAUCCACACUCACACAGCAGUAAAGUAUCAGCAGUAUCGUUUCGCCUCUUGACGGACAGCUGGUCCGACUUUGGUUUCGCUCCCGCCGGGAGCCGCUCACUGAAAGCAAGCAGGACUGUUUCAGAUCGCAGGGCGUGGUCCACGCUCCGCCCGCAGUGGAACAAGAUCCGAUCAUAUUGGUAGCGCACGUCGUGCAGCUGAGUUCUCGCCGCGAUGGUGCAGCAGGAAGGUGAUGCCUCCGAGGCCUACGACGACGACGGUGGCGUCCGCCGCCGCUGGACCCGCGGCCGCCGCGGGCGCGGAGCUUCCGGUUCCACCAGCUCCGAAGGGCGGGCCGACCCUUUGUCCCCGAAGGGUGCGGCGCCGGGCGCCAAGUGGCGCGAGGGAGCGCUGCCAGUAGCCCCGACCUUCUGCGGGGAUCGCUGGGCGGACCCGCGCUGCUGGGAGCAUUGGAAAAACGCCGUGGACGCAUGGAGAUUCCGUAUCGAGCGCUACCUUCCGCUCGUUCAGGCCGCGCUGCAGUUGAGGGACGCCAUCACCGGAAAGGCCCUGAAGGAGAUCAUCUCCGAACCGCCCAUGAUGUGGGCCGACGACGACGGCGUCGACCCUUGGCCUAGGCUCGAUGCGGUGGGCUCCGACCGCUAAUGUGAUGGCCGAUCCAUUCGCUAAGAUUUCUGAGGCCUCUGAGAAGGCCUUGCGCAGUGGCUCAUGGAUCCCGCCAUCGAGCAGUUUGCCUAGAGCAGCAGCGGAGUUUUCAGGCAACCAAAGAAACGUGCCAGUCUGAAGCGGGUGCCGUUUUACCUGGCGCAUUUUGCUUGCAAGCUCUUUAUAUUAUGUUCCUGCCCGUGCUGCUGCUGGCCCCUCGGCCCCGCGUUGCGCCGCGGCCUUUUCGGGCCUCACCCUCUGUCAUGAGCGGGCCCCUCUCGCUGCGCGGCCCAACUCAGUCUCGAAGGCCCCCUCUUACAGAGCCGCCAAGCAGGCGGCGUCGGACACGCGAUAAUUCGGCAUAGAGAUCCACGCGCGCAGGAGUGACGUGUCAGCGAUGUCGUUUUGCCUCUCGACGGACAGCUGGUCCGACUUCAGUGUCCCCCCGCCGGGGGAUUGUUCAAAGCAGGCAGAAGUGUUGCAAAUCGCGGACCGCGGACCACGCCCCGCCCGCAGCGAAACGAGAUCCGAUCACAGGCAGAAGGUGGUAGAACUCGCCCGAAAG